AUUCCCGCCUCUCGCGAGAGUUGGAGAUUACGUUUGCGGAAGUUUACAUUCCGUUUGUUAAAACGUGUAACUCAUGGCAGUCGUGAGAGAAGCCGGUUACGGGGUCUCUGUAGCUGGCUUGUUCCCGACCGUGUAGCCGCUCUCCACGAUGUAUUCUGUCUUAAUUAGCGCGGUCCUGUCCAGCUCCCCCGACUAUGACCGGUUGUUCGAGUCUCUGUCUUGGCCGAGUGAGUCGUGGCCCGGGACGGAGCGGGUGGAGGCGCUGACAGCUUUCAUUGAAGGGCUCGGGCCGCUUUUGGCAGGCUCGGACACGACCCCGUUUACAGCCUCGGAAAGACGGCGCAUCCAAGAUAAAAUCGAGUCCGUUAUUUGGACGCGGUGUCUGCCUCUCUUCUCCAGAAUAUCAGCAGAAGCCGGUGAAGGCGUGCGGUGCAGGGAGAGUACAGCCGCUGCCUGCCGACUUGUGAGCGUCGGUGUCCCCCUGUGCGAUGAGGCUGUACCGGGGCGGGUGGCUCUUUCCAUCCUGCCGUCGCUCCGGCUGUCGGAGGAAGAGCUACCCGGUCCGGGACGACUCAGUGUGGAGGUUGCAAGUGAAGUCAUGGCUGUUCUCAUACCUUCCCUGUCGGCGGAUGAACGGCUCACGCUCACCACCGUGUCGUCUGCCUUGUCCUGCAUCAAAACACUCCCAGAUGCACUGGUCUCCAAAAUCACAGUCAGGCUUCUCCUGACUCUCUUGAACUGCUGCAGCGGUGCGAGGUUAAGAAGCAUCCUCGAGUUGACCCUGGAUGAUCUGUGCAGCUGGCACUGCACUGAACGCACGCCUGUGGUUACAGAGAGGGCACUGCUAUGUUUGACCGCCAUGUCAGACCACCUGCUGAAACCUAGCAGCCUUCCCCCCUCCUCCUCCUCCUCCUCCUCCUCCUCCUGCGAGCCCGACCCGCGUCUGUCCAUACAGUUCUGGAGGAUGGUUCAGGAUGGACUGACCCACCGGGACAGCGUGUCACGUAAGAGAGCGCUGUACCUGCUGAAAAGGUGCGUGGCCCUGUCAGAGGAGGAGCAGGUGGACUGUCCUCUCUCUCCAUCAGGGGAAGGUGAGACCUUGUUCAAAUGGGUCCCCAACAGGAGCAAAUUGCUGAGAGAGUUCUGGGAGGAUUAUGCCCUGGUGAUGGAGACCCUGGAGGAAAACCAGAUUCAUGUCGUCCGGCCGGUUCUAAACAGAAUAGAUACGUUGAUCCAAACAACAGUGAAUGAUUGUCAAGGUAACAUUAGAAUUGGGCAAACUUCAGGUCAAGGCCUCUUCCACCCCUCCUGGCUGCUGUGUGUGUACCAGCGGAUGUUCCACAGUGAGAAUAAAUCCUUAAUGAGAGAGGGAGUGUGUCAUCUGCUCGAGCUGCAGGUCCUCCGGCAGCCUUCCUUCGCUUUGGCCUUUUCUAAGUUUAUCGUUGGCCCUUUUAUGGAUGUUCUCUCUGAAACAUCGCUCUUCCACAGGUCGGCUGGGCAGAGUGUAGGAGAUUGCCCUGAGCUAGGGGCUAAACUCCAAGUCUUCAUGGUCAACUUCUUCAGUAGCCUGCCAUUAGAGCAUAGAGGUUGUGUGUUGCUGCAGCUGAUUCAGCAGCUGGGCUCUAAGCACUGGUGUGCGGUUCCCCUCCUCUUCCUCUCCCAGGCCCUAUCCAGACUCCCCCUUAGUCCACUGCUGGGGAUCGAAGGACUCGCCGCUCUAAGGGAGGUGCUGCGCUGCACCAUGAUCACGCAUCAAGUUUUGUUAAGAGGAGCUGCCCAGUGCUUCCUGCUGAAUAGUGCCCUCUGUCUUACAGAAGUGAGUGCAGUGACCUUAGAUGAUGUCUUUAGCUUCCUGAUGCAUUUCAAUGCACAAGAGUCACUGUGUAGAGGGACUCAUAUCUGGAAUCAGUUGUGUGCCUGGCUAUCAGACAAUGAGGGCAGUUUCAAGCUCCGGAUUAUGGAUGGUGAUGCCCCUGGUGCUGCCACAAAGAAAGAAACUGUAAGAGGUUAUGUUCAAGGCGAGAUACACGCUUAUCUCCGAGUCCCAGCUAGCGCAGGUCAGACUGAGAGGUUACCUGACUCUAAAGAGGCUGACAAGCUGGCCAGGGCUAUUCUGCUGUGUGUGGACAUGGAGAAGAGUCAACCUGGCACAGAUAUCGGUAACACUCUGGAGUCAUUACUCUCUCCCCUGCUGGACACCCUCAGCAGAGUCAGCACCAACAUCUACUUGCCUCUGCGUAAGAGUGACAAGAGCCUGCAGCUUGUGCUCCGACUGUUCCAGCUCGGAGGAACGCCACGUUGUCAGCGUGCCGGAGAGGAGCGAGGCGAUAGCGCGAUGGUUGCCAUGGAGAAGCUCAUUUUUAAAGUGGUAGAUCCAAUCCAGGGGUUUAUCUUGAGGCGGCUGUGUGGGGAGCUGCAGGAGCUAUUUGACGUGGAGCGAGCAGAGCUGUAUCUGAGUGUCCUGAGGCAGCUGGUGGUCAUGUUCACUUCUACACAACCGAGGCGUAAUAAAAUUCAGCCGAAUGAUUUCCCUAAUCUCAUCAAGCACAGCCUCAAAGUCCUGCAAGAACCAAGCCGGCAGAGCCCCUCUGUGGCAAACCAGGUGGGUAGAGCAGUUGCCAUGGCAUCCCUGGCCAUGGUUUGUGGUCUUUUGGAGCAGGAAGUGAUUGACAUGCAAUCAGAGACCCUUUCUCUUCUGAAAGCCCUGAAUGACUACUUCUACAGUUCACCGGCAUCUUCUUCACAAAGUCAAUCAUCUCUGGGGAACCUCAAUAAACGUCUGCUGAAACCACAGACAGGAGACUUCUCAAGUGAUCUAGGAGUGCAGGGUCCUCUGCUGCAGGACUGGGGACGGAUCGCUGCCAACUUUAUGCGGGACCAAUGGAUUUGUCUGAGCUUCCUGAUCAAGGCUGUUGGAAUCCCUGAAAUUUCCAGAGCACAAGACACUCUCAAGGCUGCUCUGAGCUGCAGUGUGGAGGCGCUGGCAUUGCUACCCAGUGACCUGGUUCUGCCUGUGCUCACCUUUAUGGAGACAGUGCUACCACAAUUAGUACUUGAUGAGGAGGCACUCUGUGUGGAGGCUGUGACCCUGAGCUGGGAGCUGGUGCAGGGACUGAGCACUAAUGCCCAUGACUUCUGGCCGGCCCUGAAAGGCUUCAUCUCCAUGGCCUUCCACCACGAACUGCUCGAGCUGACACAUACGCAGGCUCUGACUCUCACGGCCACCUUGAAGCAGACUGCCACGGAGCUGAAUGAGCUGUCUCAGUCCAAAAGUGGAGUGCUCGGAGUGCUGCUUCAACACUGCUGUCAGACGUGGCUGCCCACAGACCGCGGCGGCGACCAGGCUGACACUGUGUUUUCUAGUGUUUUCAGCCACAUCAGCAUACUCUCUGAGGCUUGUGUCUAUGGGCCAGUGUUCAGAAGAGACCAACGGCUCAUCCAGGAUGUCCAAACGUACUUGGAGCAACUCGGCGAGGAGUUUGCUGGUAAUGUCAUUGCUACAAGUGAUAACAGGGAUGAUCAGUUACCCCGCACAUGUGUACUGGCAUUCCUCAGCCGCCUGGAUUCCUCUAAUCUACAGCAUGAAAGAGUGAUAGAAGAACUAGUAAUGGCUUUGUUGAAAAAGGAUAGUGACAUCUCAAAGUCAAAAGUGCGUUACUACAGCAACUCCCUGCAACAUCGUGUCAAAAACAGAGUAUGGCAAACGCUGCUGCUGUUGCUGCCCAAACUCAGAGAGGAGUUUGUCGCCACUUUGCUGAACCGUGUGUUUGAGGCUGGAUUCUGCAGUAACCAGGCCUCAGUCAAGUACCUGAUCGAAUGGAUGAUGAUUCUGAUCCUCAUUCAGUAUCCACAACACAUGGACAGCUUUUGGUCCUGCUUCAACAUGGAUCAUGAAAAGACCAAGACAAGCAUCUGCACAUUCCUGUCAGUCCUGGUACAUUUCGAUGUCAUCAUCCCUAAUCUGAAGGAUAAGGCAGUGCAGCUGCGUAAUGCGCUGGACAUCAUCCUGCAGUGGUGUUUCAAUCACAACUUCAGCGUGCGCCUGUAUGCCCUACUGGCCCUGAAAAGGGUGUGGAGCUUGGCAGAAGUCCGGGCAGAGGAAGGGGCCCAUGGUUUGGGCGGGCUGUCCACUGUGAUCAAGGCCUGUUUGAACCAGGCUGAGGCCAUGCAAAGCACUGGAAAUGCCAACAAAAACUGGAUAAGGAUUCAGGAGCACUUCUUCUUUGGUGCAUUUCAUCCUAUCAGGGAUUACAGUGUUGAGACCAUAUUCUAUACCUUCCCCAGUCUGUCAGAGUUGGCCGACGACGAGUGGCUUCCACCGUGGAAGUUUGAGAAACUGUCAUGUUUCUCUGAAAGUCCAUCUUUUCCUUUGAAAAACCCUGCUCCUGACCUGAGCCAGCUCCAGCCUGGAGACUGGAUCCAGCAAGACAAAAGUGAGCAGGAUAAGGAGGAGCGCUGGGCCGAGGUGCAGAAGAAGAUCACUCCCUGGAGGUUGGGGAUCCAGGAGCAGGAGCUUGAACUUCAGUUGGUUCCACCACAACGGGCUGCUCGAUUGGGCAAACUGCACGGCGCCCUGCUGGUGGUAGCUUCGCUUAUAGAUAAGCCCACCAAUUUAGGAGGUCUGUGCAGGACAUGUGAGAUAUUUGGUGCCAGUGCCCUUGUUCUGGAUAGCCUCCGCCACAUCAGUGACAAACACUUCCAGUCCCUGAGUGUCUCGUCUGAGCUAUGGCUUCCUCUGUUAGAGGUGAAGCCAGUGGAGCUCACUGACUUCCUGCAGAUAAAGAAGAGUGAAGGGUACUGUAUUGUCGGAGUGGAGCAGACAGCCAACAGUCAGAGUCUCCAGGACUAUCAGUUCCCUGAGAAGACCCUGUUACUUCUGGGCAAUGAACGGGAAGGUAUUCCUGCCAACUUGCUCCAAAUGUUGGAUGUUUGUGUGGAGAUCCCUCAACAAGGGGUCAUCCGCUCCCUCAACGUGCACGUGAGCGCCGCCCUGCUGAUUUGGGAAUAUACACGACAACAUCUCACCUCUGGCUGAAGCUAACUCAAACCACAGCUGAAGGAGAAACCAGCAGUGCAGCCCCAUGGACAUGGCAUCUGACCUCUAAAUGCUGACCAUAGCUGCUCAUCUCUGGUAGCGGGCGUGAAAAGCGUCUUAGGGGACUUUAAAUGAAAAUGUCAACUUCAGCUGCAGGACAAGAAGAUGCUGCAUGCAAUUAAUGUCAGGGGCUCAAGGAUUUCCAUGUUCUAUCUAGACGGGAAUGCGUCCUUUCAGGUUUUAAUGUGGGCAGCAUUCAUCAGCACUGUUUCUUGUGCCUUAAUGAGAGUCAUGAAUAGAGAUCGGUUCUGGUUAUUACAUCUAAAUAUUCCACUGGGCAUGCUGUUAUAUUAAUGUAGGCAAUCUCUAUGUCUCUAACAGCAGCAUAAAUGUGAGCAAUUAGUUUCUGCCUCAAAACACCAAGAAUGGACUAUAAUGUCCAUACCCAGCAAACUAUUAUACAUAAAAUAUGAAUGUGUCUUUUAUUAAUAGGCAUAAUAUUCUGUGUUCUCAUUGUUUUUAUUGCAGUUUGUGAUUUUAAACUAUAAA